CUAAUUAACUGCACAACAGUUAGCUAACAGUUAGCUAGCUCAACAGAUGUUCUGCAGCAUGGCAGUUUGAUUAAUUUCAAAAGGUGUUAGCUACAGGGAGGAAAAGUCUGUAUCUAGAGGCUUCUGGUCUGUAACUAUCCCGAGAAGAGUUAUAGGCUAAUAUUCUCUGUUUGCAGCUAGGUUAGCUAUUGCUUGGCUGUAAUGUCUGUUCAACUAUCCAGCUGUUAACGCCAGUAACUUUGUACGUUAGCAGAGGUUUGUCACACUUGCUUGUGUGUCAUGCUCUUCGGCCUCGUCCUGUUGAGUCCCAUCAGAUCGAAGUGUUCAAAAAUAGUUUGUUUAUAUAAGGUUUUUGCUGUUACUGAACUAUUAUCAUUUCGCAGACUGCAUACUUUAUCUACCAGUCACUGUGGUUACGGCAGCGCGCUGAAGUCAUCUGCACACCGGUUUGGACUUAAGGCACAGUCCUGUCUGUAUCGGCUAACAGUGUGUGAUAUGCAGCCAGCCAGUAUAUCCUAUGGCAAAGAGACCCCUGUGAUUGCCUCAGAUGAUGAUGAAGAGGAGGUCCAGCAAAGCCCUGGAGGCUCCACAGUGUCUGUGUCCAGCCCAGCGUCAACUAAGAAAAAGAGAAAGAGGAAGAGAGGAGACAUUGGAGGGCGAUUGGACAGCGAAGAGGUUGCAGAGAAGAAGAAGAAAAAUAAAGAGAGCCAGCGACCCAACUACUUUGUGUCCAUCCCCAUCACUAACACACAGAUCAGCUCAGCCGUGAUCCAGGUCCAAGAGGCGGUGCUUCAGCAGGAGCCCCGAUUGGCCAAAGCCAUGAUCCCUGUCCCAACUCUCCACAUCACGCUAUUAGUCACUCAUCUCGCCAGUCAGGAGCAAGUAGACCUGGCGGCAACCGUCCUGGCUGAGGUUGAGUCGUCAUUGGCUGAGCUGCUGUGUGGGCGGGAUCUGCUGCUGCCAUUCUCAGGGAUCGGUCAUUUCAGGAAGGAGGUGGUGUUUGUUGGGCUGGCCCCCGGACAACACAGACACACACUGGACAGUCUGGCAGAGUUGUUGCGGAGCCGUUUUGAAGAGCAGGGUCUUCUGCAAGAAGGCAAUCGUGGGUUUGAACCCCACAUCACCAUUAUGAAGCUGUCCAGAGCAUCAAAACUACGAUCCCAGGGUAUAAAGCGUGUGGACCCAGCCCUCUACUGCAACUAUACAAACAAGUUUUUCGGAGACCAGACCGUUGAGCGGGUGGAUCUUUGUUCCAUGUUGAAAAAGAAGCAACAAGACGGAUAUUACCACACGGAGACUUCACUACAACUUGAUUUGAACCCACUCCACGUCAAACGCUCAAGUGGGCGUCGCCGGUCUGAGCCCGACGAGGCAGAGCUACUGAGGGUGAGCAGGCGAUUGGUCGAGGAUGCUGUCAAUCGUGCCUUGCAACAGUACAAACAAGAAACACUUCAAAAUGGGGGUGGGCCGAACGCCACGGCACUGCAGCCCCCUGGAAACACUGAGGAAACUGCAACAAAGACGGACACUACAGCUAACUCCAACACAGACAACAGGAAGUGACAUCAUCGGACUGAGGUACAGAGACUGAGAAUCCGGCGGCCUGGAAAACAUCAGCCAGGCCUGGCUAUCCAGGAGUAGAGUCAGUAAGCCCUGGGCACAAAGCCUGAACCAGCCAACCAGUCAGCCCAGUCUGCUGACGUGCUAACCCAGCGAGCCAACCACAACGGCUAGCCAGUCAUGCUAGCUACCUGCCCAACUGUCCUAGCUUGACAUAGUGCUAGUUAAAUAGAUAAUGUAGCUUGAGUUCAGUGCUAAGUGACCAUCCAAACAGGCCAGACAAGCUAAGCCUGUUAGUUAGCUCUCAACAUCUAACAGCAAGGGCAUCGCCCCUCAAUCCUCACUCCGCUGUGGGUCUGAAAACAUACGUGAAGCACUCCUCUAGAGACACAUGCAGGGUUCACUUUGAUCCGCCACUCACAAAACUGCCCGUUUAGAAUAAGAUACAUCAUGUUUUGUAGACACCUGCACUUAAAAUGGGACUCAAUAACCUCAAUUUUCCAAAGAAAACUCCACUUUUCUUGAAAAAUGAGCACCAUCGUCAACAGAUUUCACAUCUGCUCAUCUGUGUGGCCGGAGGGGAGGUGUAAAAAAAGAGCUGGUUUGACUGCGUUGCGACUGGAUUCUUCACACUUCAGUGUGAGACGUUGGACUCCAUCUGUGCAAGUUUUUGUUGUAUUUUUGCGGUGAGUCUCGGUUCAAAGCACUUUCAAUUCAAUUUCAGGAAAGUUUAAACUUCCAGCAUUGUCUGUCUGCACACACCACACUGCAUCUUUGUCUUUAUUCUAAGUUGUUUAUAGAAAGUGAUCUGGCCACAGCUAUGCUUUAAGUCUUAUAUAUUACUGUUGUAGUGUGAUCUGCCAGGGUAGGACUGAGACAAUCAUUCAUUUAAGAUCAGUUAUAAGCUCUAAACCAAGUGUAUCCCUCUAUCUCAUUAAUUUGCCUCCACUAAUAGCAGUUACUUUACAAAGAAUACAGCGGAGAUACUUAAUCGUGUAUUCUAAAGAUAAAAUAACACUCCAACGAUACACUACAAGUUGCCAAGAAAGCAUUUCUACUCCAUUAAUGAGCUGUGUGCUUGUCUCAAUGUAAACUAUGUGACAGGCUAUUACUACUACUACUACGCACAGGCAUUGAUUAAAACUCCACUUCCUGCCUGAUCAUAUAUAAAUGUCAUUAUUGUUUGUUUUUUGUUCACAUGCUAUAUUGUCAGUUUUGUUUUGUGAAAUUAAUUUAAAGCAGCAGCAAAAUGCACAAAUGAUUUUAUUAUGUUUUAAACAGUUUGGUGUUAAAGUCUAUAACAGACUGCAGCCUGGCUGUUUGAGGCUCAGUGUUUAUGCUGAUCUGAGGAGAAUUUAUUCUGUAGUACUGUAAACGCGAGAGCAUUAAUAGCCGAGCAAGUUAUUCAGUGAUGCUGACGUCGGGGAAGUUAACUCGGACAAUCGCUGCUGUCAGCUGAAAACCCUCCGGCUCUUGAUUUCAGUGUCUUCCAUCCAUUUAAUUUUUGUUGAACUUGAAAAUGAAAUUGGCCUUUACGCGCUCUGCAUUUGACCCCAUAACUCAUGAAAAGUGAAACACAUUUCACAGUGGUUUGAAAUUAAGGGGGAUUUUGUGAUUUAAAACAUAAUGUUUUAACUUGGCUUCCUGGAGAGGUUUUCGACUGACAGCAAGAUGAUGAUUAUACAGCUAUGAGUGAUUCUUUUGCUCUCUGAUAUCAAAUGUUAUUUUAUGCUUUCUAACUAUUAUUUAUAAUGCUUUGCUGUCCUUGUUUGAGAAAUGAAUACUAUGUGAAACGAUGUUUAAUUUUUAAAUGACAAAAAAAGCAUUCUGUUUGCAUUCAAAGGUGAAAAAGCACAAAAUGAAGAUUUUGUUUUUUAAUUGUCUUUCGUUUGACUUUUUAAAGAGCAGGUUAAUAUAAACAUGCUGUUAAAUCAACUCACCUCUUAUGUCACUGAAAUAAUCUGCUUUUUCUGUAAGUGCUUAAGUUGACGAUGCAUAGCUAACAUUUGAAGCCAACGUGGGGAGAUGAUGAUGGCUCAUUUUGCUGUGAGGUUAAAGUCAACGUUAACCUGCGGCUAAACAGUUGGAUUAUUGAGGUAAAUGAAUCGUCCACCAUGAAACGCAAUUCAUUUCUAUUAUAAGAUCAAUACAAAUCUGGGAAACUGAGUGAGUUUGCAAGCUCAGACUUUCAGCCUUGUAAAGUUAAUUUCCCUCGAACAGGUGUGAGCUGGAAAAUGUGCUCUUAUCCCUGCGAUAUCCGCACAAAGUCCUGCCACUGUGGGCUCAUUGAAACAUCAAUAACAAAGGUGAAUUUUGUCUUAAGGUGGACUUUGAAAGUUUUUUCGUUUGUAUCUUUUAUUGUCACCGGAUCCUUAAUCUCCUUAAAAGCCCCUUUAAUACACAAGUUGGUGUGUGUGUGUGUGUGUGUGUGUGUGUGUGUGUGUGUGUGUGUGUGUGUGUGUGUGUGUGU